AUGGCCGCCGCAAAGGCUUUCGUCGUCCUCAUCUCCGCCGCCGCCGGACUCCAGGAGGGUGCGCCCGCUGCCGUCGGCGCGUCAGCUUCCGAGGGCCGGGAGCCCCUGGCGGCAAGAGCGCCUCUCGGGCGUCGGCGUGUGCGUGCGGCAGCCUCGAGAGAUCCGAGCGGGGAGCAGGGCCGGGAGAUCCUGCGGGGGAGCGAUGGCUAUCCCGCGCUCAAUUCCACGAACGCCACGGACAACUCCGUGACGAUCUCGGCGUGGUAUGGCCGCCUAGGCAACAACAUCAUUCAGAUCGUGAAUGCGAUCUUGUUCUGUCAGCAGGAGGGGUACUCGAAUCUCAUAUUGCCGCCUGGCAGAAGCAACAUCCAGAUAUUCGACCUCCCAGGGAAGAUCACCAUCGAUCACCGCACGCUCGGAAAUACGCUCAAAUGCGAUUGGAAUCAUCUCGCCGCGCACUAUUUCUUCGGUCGGUGCAUGGCGGUGAACAAGCGGCUGCUUCACCGGACGGUCAAGCAGUAUUUGAAGCCAUAUUUGACCAGCAGUAUUGCCACUGCGUGUCAGAAGGAGCGCGCCCGACCCUUCGGCGGGCUCACUGUUCACCUGCGCAGUGGAGACACUGCGAGGACGAUAGGGAGGACCUCGAGCGCCACGCAGACCGCCUACGCCUCCUGCAGCUUCUUCGACAAAGUUGUUGCGGACCACAGGUUCGAAGAGGUCCGCAUCAUCACGGAGCCAGACCAUUGGCAUCCGUGCAUAGGGGUGCUCAGAAGCCGACUGGCUUCGAUGAACGUUUCUCUUCAUUUGAGAAAUAACACCAUUUGA